CUUUCUUUUUUAGCAUAUUUAAAAAGCAAUCAUGCCCACACCGUUUUUUGUCGUGUUUGGUUCAGCAGCUUUUCCGAAUAUAAAACUUAAAAUAGAAUUCAUAAAAAAUGUUCUCAUUAUUUGGCUAAUCCUAGCGACUAUUUAAUAUGCCAUCCGCCCAAGCGAGCUUUUACUGACUUCGUGCUUGAAGCUUGUGCUGAAAAUUUCCAUACAGUUAUUUUAAAUAAUACGCAUAAAAAAAUGAGAGAAAAGAAAUAGCCGCAUUACCGUUAGUCCAUGCACGAGUGCCGACUAUCAUCGCACAUGGCACAAGCAACAACAAGUAAAAGAAGGUAAGCAGAACAAACAGACACACUACACACACACAUACACACACACAUAAAAGGGCCAUUUUGCAUAUUGCUCUCGUUGUGUUGCUUCGUAGUAAACAUUUUUCCGCUUGGCUAACGGAAGCAGUGCCAUAAAACGCUUCCAAUCCGACGUACUCAUAUGGCUAUACACCUACAGGGACACAAGCUCAAACGCACAUGCACACAUACACACACACACACACACUAGGUCUUCGUAAAUGUUCACAACAAAGUUUUUGAUAGAAAACAGAUGCUUGGACUAAAACAUGCAACAGUAUCGCAUAAAUAACAGACUAAGGCUAGCCAGAUUGAAUAAGAAAAAAAAAGUCAAAAGCAAAAAGAAGAUCUGAUAUAAGCAGCCCGACAUCAGCGGUAAGAAAGUUAACAGGUUGCGAGCGAGCGUCCCCACAACAGCAGCAGUAACAGUGCCAGGACAGCGCCGCUCUCCCACCCACUGUUAACACUGACCUAUUGCCCGUAUUGAGUGCGAUGAGUGGCCCUAUCAUGUAACGUUACAUUAACAGAGCACUGUAAACUGAGGACAGAAAGGCUGCUGCUCUAUUCUAGCUGGCAGCAGCGCCUUCGCUGUCAGUAGUGGCCGAGACGUCGAUCUGUUCACAUCUUUGGGGGACACGUACACCUUGGUGAAUUUAUAUGAUACAACAAACAAACAAACGCACAGACAGACUUAUACGCAUACCUACGCAAGCAGAGAACGGUCGAAAACUGCGCGGGUCGCCCCUCCUUCGGCUCCUCGUCCUCUCCUCAUCCUAUAAAAUACUUCAAAUAUAAUUAAAAAUUAAACAUUUCUUAUAUUAUCACGCCUAAUAAUUCGCAAUAUGAAUAAUAACAGUUAUUAUAACAUAGUUUGACUACAAUCGAAACUCCAAUGUACAACGAUUAUAGCUGGAAAUAAAUAUAAAAACAAAUAUAUAGAAAUAUCAACAUAUGCAUAAACAUAAAUAAGGUGAUUUUUUUCAUCUGGAGCAUUAAAAGAAAGGCCUUAAAACAAAAGCGAUAUUUUAUUACGUCAACAACAGUCGAUAAAAAGUCAAUAAAACAACAAAUGUGUGCACCAUUUGGAUAUAAGCGGCACUUGGAGCACCACUUGAAGUCGUUGCGAGCGCUCAAACGAGAGAUUGCCGGAGAGAUUCAUUGAGUGGCAAUUGAGGCGCACACAAAAAUAUGCGACGUAUCAGCGCCAGCAACAACAGCAACAACACAGCGUGCGCUGUGGCAAGCACAUGACAAGCAGGACGAGGACGUGGACCAGGAUCAACGGCAGCCAGGCCGACAAUAAUGCAAAUAGUCGUAAACAACAAACACAAACGAAACAACAACAAGAAGAACUACUACAGCAGUAGCAGCAGCAGCGGCAACAGGGAGCAACACCUUAGGCAGAGAUCUCCAAGUGGACAACAUGGCCGAUGCAGACGAUAGCAACAGUGGCGGGGGCAGCGGCAGCGGCAGAGCUGGCGAUUCGCUGCAGCUGCUCAACAACAAGCUGGACAAAGCGGUGUCCACAAAUGAUAUAUUGCUGGAUCUGCAGCGUGCGCUCACCUACGAGGCGGUAUUCAGCACGCUCGUGGAGCACAAGAUGCAGGCGCUCAAGCGUGACUAUGAGGAGCACAAGCGGGCGAAGCGCAAGAAGCGUAAGUCAAUUGGGCGCAUUCUGCUGCCGCGCAAGCUCUUCGGACCACGACGCGCCAGCAAGGAGGGGUCCGAGGAGGAGGAUGUGGAGGUGGAGAAAGAGAAAGAGAAGGGGGAGAAGGAGAAGGAGAUGGAGAAAGAAAACCAACUGCCUGAGAAAAGCCUGACUCAAGGCAAGACUGCACCUAGCCAUAGGCCGGCUGACAUUGAAUUGGCGACCGGUUCACUGCCAUUGCAAUUGGAGCUGGAGGAUAGCGUGGCCAGCACGUUGAGCAACUCAUCGGGCGGCCGCCAGGCGGCGCGUCACAGCCACAGCCUGCUGGUGCAGGCGCAAACGCAUACGCCCGCCAAGCCGCCGGCGGGAGAGCAUGAAAGCAGCAGCAACAGCGGCAGCAGCAGCAGCUCCCAUGAGCAAGCCUUGUCAGUGCCUGACCCAAGACAUUCCAUGAGCACCACGACCAAUGGCGAAGCCGAGUAUCUAACUCCAGUUGCCUCCUGCUACGACAAUACCUCAGCGACAGCCACAGCAACAGCCACAGCGACAGCGACAGCUACUGCAACUGUGAUUGGCCAGCACAGCUCGACGAUGGCGGAUGAUAGUUUCACUGGCUCGCUGCAUGGCAGCUUGGAGAGUCUGUCCUACUCCAGUUCACGGUGCACGGUCAGUUUUGGAGGCGCUGAAAUUAUUGCCUUGGCCCAUGGUGAUGCGGAUACGCGUGAGCGUGCGCGUUUGGCUAAGAGAUUGCGCAUCCUGGAGGCCAAAUCCAUAAGCGCCCAAUGCAGUCCCGUCUUUCCGCGCAGCAUGGUGCGCACUAUGCCGCUACCUGUGCCACAGCAAGCGCGCAUUCAUGUUCAUGUUCCCUCCAGCCUGGCCAGGCAGCCGCCUCCGCCGCCCCCCCAUGUGGCGGUGCAAAUCGAGGCGCUGCGCGUGCCACAGCCUCCAGCCCAGGCCCAAGCCCAAGCCCAGCUGCAACGCAAACGUCCUCUGCCCAAGCAGCUGUCCUGCACUGAAAGCGGCAGCGAUUUCGACGGAGCUGCCGCUGCCUAUGCGCGAUAUUUCUCGCGACAAAACACAUCCGAAGAUAGCGCCAAUGUAACGGUGAGCACAGUGCUGGCCCAGAGCGAUUCGCAGUCGUUGCACGCGCUGCCCAGCUAUGCCAACACGCCGACAGCCUCGGCUGGACGGGAUUCGCUGCCGGAGCGCCUCAAAUCACGUAGCACCAGCUUGCUGCCCAUACGACGUACGCCCGAAGCGGUUAUAAUUCCUAUGGAGGGGGAGGUGGGCUAUGAGCAGCCGUUGCCGGCGCAGUUGGCCGAGAAAUUGCAACGCAUGACCUCAACGUCAACGGGUUCCAGUGUGGCUCCCACUGGCUGCUGCAGUGCCACCAAAUCGAUGACAUCCAAAAAACCCUUUCAAAGCUUUAAGCCAACGCUGACGAUGGCCGCAGCGACAGCUGCCCAAAGUACGGGCAGCGAUGAUGAAUAUCGACGUCGCAAACGGAAGUACAAGCGUCACCAUCGCUGCUCGGAUCCAGCGCUUGUUUAUCCCACGCCCAAUGGCCUGCAGCAGUGCGUUCAUGUGGUUGGGCAGGCGUCUGAUGCCCCGGCCAUACAAUGCCCCUAUAAUGCCGAGGACUCGCCUUGUGACCUGCAACUGGACAUGGACACUGACGCUGAUAAAAUCGACGACCUUGAGCACAUGAUGCCCGGUGGCGGUCAUCAGCGACAUCGCAGAAAGCAUCGACAUCGUCACAAAAAACGUCAUCGUCAUAAAAAACCCAAAAUUCUCGUGCAGGAUUUGGAUAAUGAAGUUGUCAAGGUGAUCGAUCCACAUGAUCUCUCGCAACGCGCACGCUGGACAAUCAUUGCAACUGCCUGCCUUUUGUUGCUGAUGUGCCUAAUGCUAAUCGGCGUUACAUUGCGAAUGGCACCUAUAAUAGAUGAUAUGGAAUCCCUAACGAAAUUUCGCCAGGAGAACGAGCGCAGCAUGCGGGAGAAUCUGGAACGCACGCUCAUGAUGAAGAAUAUGACGGAGUUGAAUCUGCAGCGACAGCAACAGUUGCUGAUGCAGGCGCAGCAGCAGCAGCAACACCAGCAGCAGCAGCAGCAGCAGCAUCACAAGCCGCUGCAGCUUCCAUAACAAACGCUUUUCGGCAUUUCCUUAGGCAAGGGUAGUUGAUGUACAUCAGCCACUGCUGUUGCUACUUACCAACACUGGCGUUGUUCAACACUGAAACUCCCCACUCUCGACUCAACAAGUUAUGCGCACAAUACAAAAAAAAAAAAAAAAAAAAAAAAAAACAAAUCUCUUUGUUAACUACAAUUAGAGGAGACGAAGCGAAGCUACAGUGGAUAAAAACAACUAUUUAGCUCUUAAAAACACACAACAAAAAUCCAAAACAGAAAAUAAUAACAAAAACUAAAAACAA